CGUAUUCCGAUCUCGUUUGCUCGGCUACUCACAACGGUGCGAUGCCUCCCCAGCCCAGCGGUAAGGCCGUGAAGAAGGCCGGCAAGGCGCAGAAGAACGUGCGCACCACCGACAAGAAGAAGAAGAAGCGCCGCAGGAAGGAGAGCUUCUCCAUCUAUAUCUACAAGGUGCUGAAGCAGGUGCACCCGGACACUGGAGUCUCCAGCAAGGCCAUGUCUAUCAUGAACAGCUUCGUGAACGACGUCUUCGAGCGUAUCGCCGCGGAGUCGUCCCGUCUGGCUCACUACAACAAGCGCUCGACCAUCACGAGCCGGGAGAUCCAGACUGCCGUGCGUCUGCUGUUGCCCGGCGAGCUGGCCAAACACGCCCGGAGCGGUGGCACCAAAGCCGUCACCAAGUACACCAGCUAUAAGUAG